AAGCCGCCCCCUCCCCUCCCGUGGGCUCUCUCCCUGCCCGGCCCCCCGGCCCUCACGCCGCUCCCGGUCGACCUCGGGGCAUGAGCCACGAUGGCGGGCUGCAUCCCUGAGGAGAAAACUUACCGGCGCUUCCUGGAGCUCUUCCUGGGCGAGUUUCGCGGACCGUGCGGCGGAGGCGAGCCGGAACCCGAAGCCGAGUCGGAACCCGAGCCCGAACUGGUGGCAGCCGAGGCUUCGGUCGAGGAUCCCGGGGAGGAGGCUACGAUAGUGGCGGCGAUCGAAGAGGGGGAGCAAGAGCAAGACCCGCAGCCCGAAGAGGAGGCGGCGGCGGCGGCGGCGGCGGAGGGCGACGACGAGGAGGAGGUGGAGGGCGAGGAGGUGGAGGAGUGCGAGGCGGCGGCGGCGGCGGCGGCGGCCCCGGGCCACUCGGCCGUGCCGCCGCCGCCACAGCCCCAGCUGCCGCCGCUGCCCCCGCUGCCGCGGCCGCUGUCGGAGCGCAUCACCCGCGAGGAGGUGGAGGGCGAGAGCCUGGACCUGUGCCUGCAGCAGCUCUACAAAUAUAACUGCCCUUCCUUUUUGGCUGCUGCUUUAGCCAGAGCAACAUCAGAUGAAGUCCUUCAGAGUGACCUUUCUGCACAUUAUAUCCCAAAGGAAAUGGAUGGCACAGAAGGUACUGUGGAGAUCGAGACAGUGAAAUUGGCCCGUUCUGUCUUCAGCAAACUGCAUGAAAUUUGCUGCAGCUGGGUAAAGGACUUCCCUCUCCGCAGGAGACCCCAGCUUUAUUAUGAGACAUCGAUUCAUGCCAUCAAAAACAUGCGUAGAAAAAUGGAGGACAAACAUGUCUGCAUUCCUGACUUUAAUAUGCUCUUCAACCUAGAGGACCAGGAAGAACAAGCUUACUUUGCAGUGUUUGAUGGCCACGGGGGAGUGGAUGCUGCCAUUUAUGCCUCCAUUCACCUCCAUGUUAACUUAGUGCGCCAGGAGAUGUUCCCCCACGAUCCAGCUGAGGCUCUGUGCCGGGCCUUCCGGGUCACAGAUGAGCGCUUUGUGCAGAAGGCAGCAAGGGAGAGCUUGAGAUGUGGGACUACAGGAGUGGUGACUUUCAUCAGAGGCAACAUGCUUCAUGUGGCAUGGGUGGGUGACUCCCAGGUCAUGCUGGUGAGAAAGGGCCAAGCUGUUGAACUAAUGAAGCCACACAAACCAGACAGAGAGGAUGAAAAGCAGCGAAUUGAGGCCCUUGGAGGUUGUGUAGUUUGGUUUGGUGCCUGGAGGGUGAAUGGAAGUCUAUCAGUCUCCAGAGCUAUAGGAGACGCUGAGCAUAAACCCUACAUCUGUGGGGAUGCAGAUUCUGCCUCAACUGUGUUGGAUGGGACUGAAGACUACCUCAUUCUGGCCUGUGAUGGUUUCUAUGACACAGUGAACCCCGACGAGGCAGUGAAAGUUGUGUCUGAUCACUUGAAAGAAAAUAAUGGAGACAGCAGCAUGGUUGCCCACAAAUUAGUGGCAUCAGCUCGUGAUGCUGGGUCGAGUGAUAACAUCACUGUUAUUGUGGUAUUCCUGAGGGACAUGAACAAAGCUGUAAAUGUUAGUGAGGAAUCAGAUUGGACAGAGAACUCUUUUCAAGGAGGGCAAGAAGAUGGUGGGGAUGAUAAGGAAAAUCAUGGAGAGUGCAAACGCCCUUGGCCUCAGCACCAGUGCUCAGCACCAGCCGAUCUAGGCUAUGAGGGGCGUGUGGAUUCAUUCACUGAUAGAACUAGCCUGAGCCCAGGGCCCCAAAUCAACGUGCUGGAAGACCCAGGCUACCUAGAUCUCACACAAAUAGAAGCAAGCAAACCUUACAGUGCCCAGUUUUUGCCACCAGUUGAGAUGUUUGGUCCUGGUGCACCAAAGAAAAAUCUCAUUAAUGAGCUAAUAAUGGAGGAAAAGUCAGUCAAAUCAUCUUUGCCUGAACAGAGUGGUGCUGGAGAGUUUCUGGCUUCUUUUAGUUCGGGUUCAACAGGGCAACAGAUAUGCAGAAUGGAGAGCUUGUCUCCUGUUUGUUAUGGGUUGGAAAAUGAACAAUUCAAGUCCCUGAGAAAAAGAGUUUCUAGAUUGUAUCACUUUCGCCACCACUCUUUCAAGAGGCAGCAUGGAUUCGGGUUUAAUCCAAAGCCUUCUCACAAAAUAGGCAUUAGCCUAUCCUCACUUAUUCGAAGUGGGAAAAGAAACAAGAUGCUAAGAAGCUCUCUGCCAUGGAGGGAAAAUAGUUGGAAAGGAUACAGUAAAAGCACAAUGCGAGUCAGAAACAGUAACACUAUUCCUUACUCAGAUCUCCCCUGGAGCUGUAAAAUAUAACAUCUUUUCAUCAAAGUAGGCUAGCUAGCUCUCCUUCAAAAAAUAACACUAUCCGAGUAGAAACAAGGUAGACAUUUCUACAAUAGACAUGCUUCAUUAUGAAUCCAUGCGUGGCUCAAUUCUUAAAUGUAAAUAGAUCUCUAGGAAACUCAAAAUAGUGUUUUCAAUCUAAAAAAAAGUAUUGGCGGUUUCACUAGCUAUAUUAUACAACUGGUCCCUGUGAUGUGUCUCUACACCUACAUACAGCCCCUCUCCACCAUCCCUUCACGUCACUAGUGGAAGCUUGAGAGUUAUUUCAGUCAGUAUGUAUAGCAUUGAAAUCGCAACUCAGUUGAAGUCUGGUCUGAUGUGCCUAAACUACAGGAAACAAUGCAGAAUUAAAUUUAGCUGGAAAUGUCCCUCAAGAUCCUGGGGACUAGGAGUAUCCCUCCCCACUUUGGGUAGGUAAAAGACUCAAAGCCAUAUGGGUUUUAAGUGGUAAUGAUGAAAGUAAUAAACUAGUGUAAAAGUCAUAUUCUCAGACUUGUGAGGCAGUAUACAGUCAAAACAUUUAUUGAUUUUUUCCAUGAAAACAAAAGAUAAACCAUGAACAUUUUUUAAUUAAAAUAUUUCCUAGGGUUUUAGUUACUUGAGAGUUUCAUAACCUGUUAUGGUGCUUUUGGUGGAAUUUUUGUUAUCUGUCAUUUUAGAAGACCAUCGUCAGCUGGUUUUAAUCUAUGAUGCUAAUGUUUUUCACAGUACCUUCAUCUCAGGAAUACAAGUGGUUUAAUAGAGAUGUCAGGUACAAAUAUGUAAGAAUCAAAAUGCCAUUUAAAAGAGAGUUAAAAUAGCAUUUCUAUAUUUUCUACUUUUUUUAAAGCUCAUAGACAGUAAAGACAUAUAUUACUGUAAUAUAAGAAGUGGUUUGGAGAAUGAAAAAUGAUACUUUUAACUUCUCUAAACUUGUUUUCCCCAAGGGAAUGAAGUAGUUGGUAUGAAGGAGGCUGGGUACUGCCUGAAGUGAAGCCAGCGGGCCAUGUGCAGAGGCGAAUGAAUGCAGGGAGAUGACAGAGAGCCAGGGCUGCUGAGUGAAAAUGGAAGACUAGCCAGAGCCUGGCCACAUGCGGCAGGCUCCAGGGACAGGUCAUGUGCUUCUCAUCACAGUAUUUAGUUAUAGUGGACAGUUUAAGUCAUCCACAGUUUGCUAUUUCUGCAGUUUCAAGCCAAAAGUUUAUCUUCAACUAAAGGCUGCAAAUACAUUAAUUAUUGGGUUUGUUCAGUGAAGUGGCUUGUGAUUCUGAGAAUCAUGAGAGUCUCCCUGUACCCCACCCUCCAUCAGCUGUAGACAGCCAGGUCAGUGGCCCAAGCAGCUGCUGGAGGGAUCGGUCACUCAGACAGCAGGAGCUGAGAAACGCCUAAUCAUGCUUUUAUCUGACAACAUGAUUACUGUGCAUUCUCCAGAAGAGGAGGACUAAGAGCCCCGAAUUUUAAACACACAGACCACUGUAGCAUGUUGCAGGUGACAGUAGAGCACAUUAAAAUAUUUGUUUUAAAGGCCCCAGCUUCACUUUAAUAAUAAUCACAUUGUUAAUCUACAGAUUUUAUUUUUUAAAAUGUCGAUGUAAGUAGAGAUUUGCAGUAUUUGUUUCCUCUUAACUUGGAAGUGAUUUAUUCUUUCCACAAGUCUCUGGCACAUGGCUCUAAAGGAGUACACAUGGCUCCACCUCCAUUGUGUUAGAAUUUUCAUCAUUCUGACGCUUUGCCCCAUACAUGGAUGUCACUCCUGUCUGUCAUGUUUUGAAUCCCAGAUCUCGCUGACAACCUAUGAGAUGCAGGAGCAGUUUCAAAUCACAUUAUCUAAGGAGAUAAAACAAAACAAAACAAAACAGAAGCAGCAGGGUAUUGGUACACAUUAUAGCCCAAGACAGCUAAGUAAUGUCUUAAUUUUCUGUGCUUAUCUAUUGGUUGUUUUUUUUUUUAACAGAAUAAGGUAAAAAAGAAAGAAGUGAUAGGCUCAGUGGGCUUAAAAAAUGGGUGGAUGGAACUGGGACACAGACCCAUUUUUAAAGAUCUGAUUACAUAGCAGUGUUAACUCCAUUUCUCAUACCAUUAGCUCUCUAGAAAAUAGAGAAAAGUAGUUCUAGUGUGGUCAAGUUAAUAAACCAAUAUUGUAAAAAAAAAAAACACUUCAUUUGUUCACAACAUGCAUAUUUAUAAGGUAGUUAGGUACCAUUUGUAAGGUAAGUCCUUUAAAAUUCUAGAAUAUUAAAGUAGUGGUUAUUGGUCUGAUAUAUGCUGCUGUUGGUUCUAUAAACUAGGUAAAAAAGCAGUGCUUCGUGAACUGCAGUGUUAUAUCUUAAUGCCACUGGUGAUAGAAAGUAGUUCCCUUCAGUUCAAAUCCUCUGCCCUAUUUGCUGCUUGCUAACGUAAGCAAUAAGUAACCCUCUAACUAAUGGUAUCUAUACAUUUCUGUAACUUAUAUUUAAUGAUGGUGUAUUUGGUGAUUGUAAAAAUAUUAGACAGAUAUAAAAGUAUAUAAUAUAUAUUAACUGUAAAUGCUGAGGUAUAGUCUGUGAAUUAUGUGUUUUGUACCUCUAUUCAUUGUGCAAUUUAGUGGUGGUGAAAGUUCUACACUCAAUCCUUAAAAGAGUGGCAGUACCCCUUUUUCAAUUUAACACGAUCUGCAUCAAUUUGUUUGCCUGCUAAGCAAGUUUUGUUAGACUAGGAAAUAGUAAAACAAAUAUAAAUAAAAAAAGUAUAGUAUUGGGUAGGGAAACAGACUUCAAGUCACCAACUGAAGUUAUUACUCCUUGUACAUUCACUGUGAGUUUCAAAGGGAGUCAAUCCCUAAUUUAAAGGUUUCCUUUUUCACUUUCUAGCUAGGUAGUUUUGGAGGGAUAUCUGAGGUUCACCAACAUUACAGCACCAAAUCCUGGGUUAUUAGUCCCACUUAGGUCUGUACUACAGAGGUCCGGUAGAAACACACAUGUACAUAUCUUUUCUUUACCUACAAGUGCCAUCCAUUGUCCUGGAAGUAAUAUAAUUCAAGUCUGUGUUGCAUUUAAGUAGGAGGUUCCCCGAAAGUAGUAUCUUUCAAAGGACAAUGUCAGCAACAUCAGUGCUGAAUCUAACCCUGACAAAUUUACGGUGGUGUGCAGCAACACUGCAUUUCCAUGACAACCACACUCCAUUGCUAGAACACUGUGCCAGUAAGAGGUGCAACAUCCCAUGGGCAGAUGAAGAUGAGAUACUGGAGGGAAGUUGUUCAGCGCGUGCAGGUAAAGCUGCUGCGGUGCAAGUACUUCCUUCCCCACCAAAGGCUUGCUGAGGUUUUGUGAGAAAUGAUCUAAAGUAUUUUAAUUUUUAAACUUUUAAAAUUUUUUCACUCAAUGAGCACUUUCACCUAAGGAAGUCUACAAAAGGGGAUACUACAGUUUUGUUCAGUUUCUUUUGGGACAACUUUUCUUUGGAACAUAAAUUAGUAAAAGAUUUUUUUUCUACUUUUUAAACCAUGUGAUGUUAAGAGACAAAAUACCCCCCCCCCCACUUAUCUGUAAAAAGGUAAUGAUUUUUUUCAAAACAAAAUGAUACUGCCAGUAUUGUAACAGUUAUCUUCUAAACGGUACUGUUGAAAAAAAAAUGUUGCUCCUUCUAGCAGCAUUUUAUCUAUUUCAGACUUUAUUAUACUAAUUAGAAAAUAUGAACUAGGAUAGGGAACUCCACAGACACAGCAGUUGCUUUUGAAAAGGAAAUACUUUAAUUAACUUUGAUGUAUUAGGUAAUGCAGAUACAUCAUUGUAAUCUCUCUAGGUGCUCUUUGGUGUGAGACAAGCUUUCUCUUGUUCAUGACAUUCCUCUGCCAAGAAUUCUCUAUGGAGCAAAGUGAGUGAAAUGAGUCAUUUCUUACCAAGUCAUCAAUUUACAAACCUGUUCUGCAGAUCACUUUCGAGUUGAGUUGUAAUCAUAAGUGAUCCUUCAUGUUUUAUUUAUUAAAACUGUUUAUUCAGGUAAGGAGUAUGUUGAAAUUUUGCCAAUAUCUUAAUAAAACCCAGCAGUUAAAUACCA